AUGAACAGAGUUAUUGGACAAGAUUCUGAAUAUAAACAGCUGUCUCUUUACGAGACUGGUCUUAGCACAUCUGGUACUAUCAACAAAAAAUUGCCACCAUUACCAAGACACAUAAACAAUACACUCAAAGAUUAUACCUCACCUUUUGGUGUUGAUACCCCUUCAAUAGCCUCCACCACCAUCGACUCCGUGGACUAUUUGGAUAGAAAGAAUUCUUUUUCCAGUGAUUGGUCAGGGUCUCUUGCAAGCACUAUUAAUGAUGAUUAUGGAAGGGAAACCAAAGAUUCUAACCUUCUGGUAGAUAGAUGUCGAGGCCAGAUGGGUGCAGAAUCAGAAAGGUGUGAUAGCAUCAUGAUUGCCACUGAGGCCAUUGAACUGAAAAAAUUGAGUUUUUUGAAUAUGGAUUUAUACCAAAAGGAAGCGGUUUCAGUUCAACCACAAUAUUAUAUGGAUCUAGAAGCUUACAAAAGUGAUCUACAGGCGUCACAAACGACUUAUGGAAAGAUGAAAGAAGUUUUCACCAAGAAAACUCUCAUGUAUGGAUUGUUUGGUUUUGUCUCCUUCUCAACUACACUAAUAUUCACCGUCUUCUUGACCCUUUUCUUGCUAACUCAAUACUUUGAUCCGACUUCUCCAAGUUCUUUUUAUCAGUAUCGUUAUAGUGUGUUGGUUUAUUAUGUGUAUCUUAUGUACACUAAGAUUUACCAAUUUGGUGUGGUCAUUUCCACUCUUAAAACUAAAAGCAACACUCAAGUGUUUUUUUUGCUCCUUUAUCUUUUCUUAUUCACCAUUAUGGAAUUACUCUUUACUACUAUGAUCCUUCUUGUGCAAAACGAAGCAGUUCAACUGGUGUUAGAGGCUUACAAAGAAAAUGGGAUUGAUAUUUUCCACGACCAUGGUAAACAUCCUGUUGCAGAAAAACAGUUCAGGGAAGAUUUUUACAAUCCAAAGGUUUAUUGUAUAACAAUUACGGUUUGUACUUGUGUCUUCUUCGUCAUUCAAGUUUUGAUGUGGAUUUUCUAUAUUGUGCAAGAAUUCAGCUGGGAUACUUUUAGAAAAACUGGGGCUUCAAUUCGUGCUAGGAAGAUCAUUGAGGAUGCUCAAUUGACACAUGCCUUACUAGUUAUUUUAGGAGGUUUAAUUCCUCCUUUUUUCAUUUGUGCUUACAUUGUUCCUCUUGAGAAUACACCAUUCUAUGUUAAUGGUUUGGUUUUAGCAGUGGCAACGCCAUUUAUUCUUGUUUUGAACGGAUGGGCCUACAAGAAAAAAAGGUUUUCAGGAUUGCUUUGCUCUUUGUGUUUCUAUUGCUACUUGUUUUUCAAUUUAGUUCAGAUGCUCACGGUUUUAGAAGCUAUCCAAUAUAGAGCAGCUAUAAUUAUUCAAUAUUAUUCUGCAGGAUUUAUAUUUCUCGUUAUUAUUGCGAUUUUCAUCUUGGAUUGCAAAAAAUUGAUACAUUGUGAAAUCAACUUAGAAAUUUCUGAAAAAAAUUUGAAUGCAAUUUAUUUGACUGUUAUUAACUUCACAACUUUCAUGAUUGGCAUCCUUGAACUUGUUUUCUUUAUCAGGUAUGAUUCUACGUCAUACAAAAGCAUCCAGUAUGCAAACAAUUGGAUGAUCAGCUACUUGUUUGGUUUUUGCUAUUCUUUAUUUCUAAGUGCCAUUUGUUUUUUCAAGCCUGAAAGUUAUAUCAACUUCUUGGGUAUUUAUGUGGUAUGGAUACUCAAUGGUCUAGCUCUAGUAUUUCAAUUUGCUAAUAUUAUGUUUACUGUCGAUGAUGAUGUCACGAGAAAUAUUGGUCAAGGGUUGCAGCUCGGAUUUAUUGGGCUAUUGUCUUUGAGUUGCUGUCUUAUAACUUGGCUACUCGCUCAGAUUUUUAGAAACCACUCCACCGAUGAUUUGGGAUCACACAACACUAAUAAAUUGAAAACUUCUCAAAAGAAUGAAAUCUUUGAUUUUCAGGUCAAGAAGGAGCUUGGAAAGCUUCUAGAAUACAAUACUGCGUUCAUUAUCGUUUUCACUUACCUCAUCUGCAUUUUUUCAAUGCAAUUUGUGAGAUACAAGACCGUUAUAUGGAGAUUAUCUAGCGAGCAGACUAUCAUAUCCAUCUGCAUUACAAUUUUGAUGGUCAUUAUAAACUUCGUUAACUAUUUUGUGAUUCAUAAAAUGGAGCGUUGUUUGCUUGGGCUGAUUUCUUCCGUUAUUUUUUCUACAGUUUACAUGGCGUAUCAUCUAUACUCUCUAAUUUAUAUUGGUACAAAAUAUUCAACUAUCGAAAAUGCUUCCUGGUUACCAGAAACAACUGAUUUGAAGAUUUCAAUGAGUUUGUCCACUAUUCUUAUUUUGGCUUGCAUUGCCAAUAUCCUGCUAAGUGGUCGCAUCAUUAAAGCACAAAGAUCUUUAUUGUACUAG